AGGCGCUUCCGGUUGUCCUACUGUUAGAAACAGUGUUCAGCACAUGAGCAGAAAAUGGCACAGUGUCUUGUGAAGAACUAUCGCCAUAAUAAAUUUGUGUUGGAUAAUUUGGAAGAAGGUGAUUUGAUAUCGAUAAAGGAAAACAUAUUAUAUUCUCAUUGGGCAGUAUACGCUGGAGAUGACAAGGUAGUUCAUUUAUCUGGAAAGGAUGAUGUUUCUUCAGAAUUUGCUUUCGUAAAAUUAGAAAACUUUUGGAAGGUUGUUGGCAAUAAAAAGGCUAAGAAGAACAACAAGAAAGACAAGGAAAGAACGCCAUUCAGAGGCAAGGACAUCGUUAAAAGAGCACUCAGUAUGAUAGGUCCAAAUGCAUACAAUUUAUUGUGCAACAACUGUGAACAUUUUGCCACUUGGUGUCGAUAUGAUAAAAAAAAAUCCGAUCAGGUUGACAAGGCUUUAACUGUGGUUUCAGUAGUUGGAGGGAUCGCGGUAGCUGCAGGAUUGCUACACGAAAUGUUCAAAGACGAUGAAUGAAAUC